AUAAAAAGAAGAGAAAAGGCCAUUUCAUCAUCUCCUCGUCUUCUCUCUCUCUCUCUCUCUCUCUCUGCCAAAUCUGGCACAAAGGAAAUCGAAGAAGCAGAGGAGGAAAGCUAUAUUUGUUCUUAUAAUAGGACGAGAGCAGCUGGGUCGAUCUUGUUUCUAAUGGAUAAGAGCUGCAACUCCUCCGGCGAUUCCUCCGCCGCAAGUAGCACCGAAAACAGAGAUCAUUACCUGAGACAGCUCAACAAGUUUUCCCACAAGAUUUCCAAACCGACGACGACCGUCGCCUCCGCCGUGAAACGACCGGGAUUCGACCUGAAUCCGAGUAUCCACCACCAGGCUCCGCCGCCGGCGACGAGUAAUCAGGGGAAUCUCCACCAGCAUCAGCCUCCUGUUUACAACAUCAACAAGAACGAUUUCAGAGAUGUGGUCCAGAGACUCACCGGAUCGCCGGCGCACGAACGGAUCUCUGCUCCGACGCAUCAGCAUCCGCCCGCGAUUCACCAGCCCAAGCCCCAGAGCUCGCGCCUCCAGAGGAUCCGACCUCCGCCACUGGCGAACAUUAGCAAUCGCCCACCUCCCUUGCUAAACGGCGCCCUCUUCAACCCUGUUCCCAACCCCGGGAUUCCGAUGACCUCCGCGACGGCGGGAUUCAUUCCCCGCCCAGCGCCGCCGCCGCUAUCGCCUCUCCCUCCGCUCCCGCCGGUGCACGCGGCGGCGGAGUCGCCGGUCUCCGCCUACAUGCGGUACCUCCAGAACUCGAUGCCAGGCGUGGAUUCGAACCAGAAGCAGUUCUCGGGGUUCUCACCGUUAGCUCCCCUGGUCUCUCCCCGGUGGUACCAGAAGCAGGAGAACGCUCCUCCUCUGCAGAACAUCCACCAUCCGCCGGCGACGGCGGCGUCUAUCCCGUCGCCGCCGUUGGGGUGUCUGAGCUCGCCGAAGUCACCGUACGCGCUACUAUCGCCGAGCAUACUGUUAUCGCCGACGGCAGGGCAGCUAGGGUUUCCUUUAUCUCCGACGACGGUGCCGGUCCAAAGCCCUAAAUACAAAGGCCGUUGACCGUCAAAUACAAACACAUCUCAGAAAACGGUGUCGUUUCAUAGGGAAGCAGAAACGUGACGAAAAUACUCUUGGGUCUCUUUUGUUCCUUUUUUUUGUACAUCAUUAGUGGCGGUGGUGGAUUUGUUAAAUUCAUAUUUUCUCUUUUUGCACAAUUUUUUUUUUUGGAUGCUUGUUCAGUGUAGAAACAAGGGCAGGAGAAAAGGAAGAAACUUUAACUCUAACAGCAGUUUUUUUUUUUUGGGCUUAUCAUAGUUUAGGCAAAUGGAUCAUCCAUUCAGUGCAUUCACCAUCUGUGUUUUUAAGUUGAGUUGUGUUUUGGUUGAGGUUCUUGUCUUGUCCUAAAAAGAGCAUCAUAGACCCUUCUUCCAGAAUCGGAAGAUUGUAACAGUCAAGUUUUUUUGUAAUUCAAAAAUGCAAUAAUGCUGAAAGAAAUGUCUCAUAUUCCGGAUAUUUUUGUAUUGGACCGCCACCACGAUGCAAUAACUUUCUUUAUUCGUUGAAAUUUCAAACCAAUUAUUCAGAAGUCCCCCAUGAAUGACGAGUGUGUUAUUAGAUGAAAUAUACUCAAAAAACACAAAACACAUUUAACCAAAAAAAAAAAAAAACUUCAUGAUCUUCAUUCAUAUCGCGAGAACAUAACGGAGUUCAAGUGAAAAGAAGGAAAGAAACAUAGAUAUCGAGCAAAAGGACCCAAGAGGAAGCAGGUGGAAAACAAACAAUCCAGAUAAAGAAAACGGCCUCUUUUUUUUUUUUUUUUUU